AAAAAAAGGCCAAAAGAUGAUGAGCUUCACUCAGAUUCAUCAAAACAAUGGUCAUGAAGAUCACGAUGAAGGUCAUGCUCGCAUCCAAGCCUUGAUCCUAGCAUGUGGACACACAUACCCAGCUGCCAUAAACGCAGCCAGUGAUCUAGACCUCUUUGAUAUCAUCGCAAAGGGAAGCCCCAACAAUGGCGGCGCUCUUGUUUCUGUGUCUGAGAUUGCUUCUCAGCUUCCUGUUCUGACCUCCAAGGUUUCCAUAUCAAAACUCGAUCGCCUGCUUCGUUUUCUGGUGAGCUUCUCAGUCCUCACUUUCUCUGCUCGCUCCAACGAAGACGGAAGCAUAGAGAAGCUGUAUGGACUGUCCCCCACCGGAAAAUACUUCGUCAAGAAACAGGACGGUUCUCCCACUUGGGCUUCCUUGUUCCACAAGCUGUCCUACCACCCAUACAUGGCUCGAGUCUGGCUAAACUGCAAGGAGGCGGUUCUAGACGGAGGAGUGGACAUAUUUAAGAAAGUGAAUGGGCAGAGGAUGUACGAGUACGUGGAGAAGGACUUAGAGCUGAAGAACUUGUUUCAGAGGACAAUGGCCGAAAUAUCUGCACUGCACAUGGAGAAGAUUCUGAAGUGUACCAAGGGUUCGAAGGCAUAUCUCAGCUUGUGGACGUGGCUGGUGGUAUUGGUCAAAGCCUCAAGAUGAUCAUCUCCAAGUAUCCUUGCAUGCAGGGUGUCAACUUUGACCUGCCACAUGUCGUCCAAGAUGCCCCUCACUUCCCAGGACUAACACAUGUAGGAGGGGACAUGUUCAAGAGUGUACCAGAAGGAGAAGCUAUAAUGAUUAAGGGAACAACUCAUAACUGGUCAGAUGAGAAGUGCGUGCAACUUUAAUUUUUAGUAAUUGCCGAGAAGCAUUGAAGGAAGGUGGGA